UACAUCUAACGCCGAAAGCCGAGGACUUUCACUUUCGCUCCACCAAAAUAUAUUCAAGAAAGUAAAAAUGCAAUCCGACUAUCACGCUCCGAUUUCAAGUUGCGAGUUUUAACUUAUUGCCACGUCGCAAAGCUCCCAUGACCUCAAACAGCACCUGAGAGCACAAACAGUAGCAGUAUAACAACAACAGAGACAGCAUGAGGAGUACAAUGGGGGCUGGUGAUGUCUUUCCCCAAGUACUGCUGUGGCUCAAAGUGUUCAGCCACAUCUCUCUGGUGAUGCCCCUCAACCCAGAUGAUCCCAACGUGUGCAGCCACUGGGAGAGUUAUGCAGUGACUGUCCAGGAGUCGUACGCUCAUCCUUUUGACCAGGUCUACUAUACUCGCUGCACUGACAUCCUCAACUGGUUCAAAUGCACCAGACACAGGAUCAGCUACAAGACAGCCUACAGAAGAGGUGUGAGGACCAUGUACAGGCGGCGCUCUCAAUGCUGUCCAGGUUUCUACGAAAGUGGAGACCUUUGUGUUCCUUUGUGCACAGAGGAGUGUGCCCACGGUCGUUGCGUCUCUCCUGACACUUGCCAGUGUGAGCCCGGGUGGGGGGGACUGGACUGCUCCAGCGCCUGUGAAAGUGACUUCUGGGGUCCCCACUGCACUAAUCGCUGUCAGUGUCGGAAUGGGGCCAAGUGUAACCCAAUAACAGGAGCCUGUGUCUGCACCGAUGGCUACCAGGGAUGGAGGUGUGAGGAGCCAUGCGAGCCCAACUUCUACGGCAAGGACUGCCUGCUCGAGUGUCAAUGCUUAAAUGGUGCAACCUGCCACCAUGAAACUGGCGAGUGCCUCUGCGCACCUGGAUACACCGGGGCCUUCUGCGAGGAGCCUUGUCCACCAGGUAAACAUGGCUCCAUGUGUGAAAAACACUGUCCCUGUCAAAAUGCUGGAUCAUGCCAUCAUGUGACUGGAGAGUGUUCCUGCCCUGCUGGAUGGGUGGGCCCUGUGUGCGCACAACCAUGUCAGUUCGGCUCAUUCGGCAUCAACUGCUCCCAGGAGUGCACGUGUCGGAAUGGAGGGCUGUGUGACCACAUCAGCGGUCAAUGCCAAUGCACGGCUGGCUACAUUGGAGAGAGGUGCCAAGAGGAGUGUCCAGUUGGUACCUAUGGACCACAGUGUGCUCAUAAAUGUGACUGCUGGAAUGGAGCCAAGUGCUACCACAUCAACGGUGCCUGUCUUUGCAGCGAGGGCUUCAAGGGUCCAAGCUGCCAGGACCGCUUUUGCCCAGCUGGCUUGUAUGGACUGUUUUGUGACAACGACUGCCCCUGCAAAACUGCAAACACACUCAGCUGUCACCCUUUGUCAGGAGAAUGCACCUGUGCAGCGGGAUGGACAGGAUUGUAUUGCAAUGAGACGUGUCCAUCAGGUUACCACGGUGAAGCCUGUAAAGAAUUGUGUGCUUGUGCCAAUGGAGCAGAUUGUGACGGAAGCACUGGAGCAUGCAUCUGUGCACCAGGAUUUAUAGGUGAUGACUGCUCAAUCAGCUGUCCUGCAGGCCUGUAUGGAAUCAACUGCACGUCGUCAUGUUCCUGUCACAAUGAGAUUUCGUGCUCACAUAUCGACGGCUCAUGCAUGUGCAGAGAAGGUUGGCAGGGGGUGGACUGCUCAAUUCCGUGCUCCAGCGGAAACUGGGGUUUGAACUGCAAUCAGACAUGUUCGUGUGCUAAUGGGGCAGCCUGUGACCCUGUCAAUGGAACCUGCUCCUGCUCUCCUGGCUGGAGAGAUGAUUUUUGUGACAUACCGUGUCAUGAGGGAUCCUAUGGCUUGGACUGCAACGAGAGAUGUGAUUGUGCCAAUGCUGAUGGCUGCGAUCCAGUUACCGGCUUCUGUCGCUGUGUUGCAGGUUGGACAGGUGUCCACUGUGACAGUGUGUGUGAUGACGGACAUUGGGGACCCAACUGUUCUUAUAGCUGCACUUGUGCAAAUGGAGGCUCGUGCUCCCCAGAGGACGGCACAUGUGUGUGUGCUCCUGGCUACCGUGGAACCAACUGCAAACGAACGUGUUCACCUGGUUUCUACGGCCAUCGUUGUAGCCUGUCCUGUCCUCAAUGCAUCCACAGUGAUGGGGCAUGUCAUCAUGUUACUGGUCACUGCGAAUGUUUGUCUGGUUUCUUUGGCACUCUCUGCAACCAGGUGUGUCCAAGCGGAAAAUAUGGCAAAAAGUGUGCGGAAACAUGUUUGUGCAGAAACAACAGCACUUGCAAUCCCAUAGAUGGAUCCUGUCAGUGCUACCCUGGAUGGAUUGGGGAGGACUGUUCCAAAUCAUGUUCUCAGGGCUCAUGGGGUCCUGAUUGUAUUCACACAUGCAACUGUCACAAUGGUGCUCAGUGUAGCCCCAUCCAUGGAGAGUGUCACUGCAGCUCUGGAUGGACAGGACUCUACUGUACUCAGCGCUGCCCCACAGGUUUCUAUGGCUCUCAGUGUGCUGAAGUGUGUCGCUGUCAGAACGGGGCAGACUGUGACCACAUCGGUGGACAGUGUUCGUGCAGGACCGGCUUCAUUGGAGACAGCUGUGAACUCAAAUGUCCUGCGGGGACAUUUGGCUAUGGCUGCCAGCAGCUAUGCGAGUGUAUGAACAACGCCACCUGUGACUAUGUGACGGGAACCUGCUAUUGCAGCAUCGGAUUCAAAGGCAUCCGCUGCGACCAAGCUGCAAUGAUGAUGGAGGAACUGAACCCGUACACCAAAAUCAGCCCAGCUCUUGCAUCAGAGCGUCAGUCAGCGGGCGCCAUCCUGGGCAUCAUCUUUCUGCUGCUGCUCAUCAUGGCCAUGCUGGGACUGGUGGUGUGGCUGCGCUACAGACAGAGGGAGAAGGGGCACCACGUUCCCAACGUCACCUACACACCCGCCUUGCACCUUAACUCCACAGACUACUCCCUCUCAGCAGGGCUGCAGUGCACGGGCCUGCUCUCUUCUGCUGAGUCAUCGCCUAGUAACAACUCUUUAGGCCGCUGCUUCUCAAACCCAAGCUACCACACUCUGGGCCCCUGCACCUACGCCGCUCACUAUGCCAAGCCUGCCAAGAGACGCUCAGCCAAGAUGAAGGCCAAGGGACGGUACAGGAACAGUGCUCCAGAGUGGGGCGCCUAUUGUAACCUCAAUGAGUUGGGUGUUUACUGCAUCGACCGGCGUUACAGUUACCACGUGGAGCCGCACUACAGAGACUACACCAAAGGCUCCUUGUCCAGCACCUGCUCCCUCAACAGUGAAAACCCAUACGCCACCAUCAACGACCCGCCGUGCAAACACUCGGAGAGCAGCUAUGUGGAGAUGAAAUCGCCAGCUCAUCGCGACCACCUGGCGCACUGCUGCUCGGCGACUAUAAUCAGCGGCACCAGCGUGCCUGCCAAGAAUGUUUACGACAUCGAGCCAACCAUCAGUAUCAUCCCAGGAGCUGGAGAUGUGUUGGUGCCCGAUUACCCUCAGGACCCUUAUGACCUUCCCAGGAACAGCCACAUUCCCAGCCACUAUGACCUGCUGCCCGUGCGGCCGAGCCCCUCCCACACUGCCCCUCAUCCUGGCAGCCCCACCGGCUCACUGCUCUAGAAGUACCACCCUCACUAACCUGGAUGCAGAAUACAAGGAAACUGUGAAGAAAGACAAUAGAUGUUUUGUUUAGUUAGUUUAGUGCAAAGGGACACUGAAAGGUUUUUGCUGACUGUGCGAAACAACGCAGUGCCCCAAUGCUCUAUUUGAUAUUUCAUCACUGUAAUACAUCUGGUUUUAGGGGUUUUGUGCCAAAUAAAUAUUCAGUAUAAACCAAUAUCCUAUUUUAGAGGACUGUAAAAAACGGACAAACAAUCGCACAAAAACAAGCAAGCCAGAUGAACAGGUCUUAUAUUUUUACACCGUUUCCUCUGACAGGGUCCAUAUUUUUUCUGUGGAAGUCUUUUUGUAGGUAGUGUAGAAAACGUGCUGUCUUGGAAGUACACUUUAAAUGUACUUUUUUUCUUUUAGUCAUGUCAUGCAUGCCAAAGAUCAACUGUGGUGGUUAGCUAGCAAUAUUCCUAUUACAUCACACAUUUUGCACACUGAUGUUUCAGAGUACAAGGAUUAUGUUUAAAAAAAAAAAAAAGGAUAGUUACAAAAGGUUGUGAAAAUUCUCUUUUUACUUUCUCAAAAAAUGUUUCAUGUUUUUCUUAAUUACAAUAGGAAGGAGAUUCACACGGCCCCAUUCAUCGCAAUUUACCUGACACGUGGAAUGUGACAAAUUGGGAGGAUCUAUCCACUUUAGCCACCGGAUGUCAGUAGAAGGUUAAACAUCUUAAAAUGUAUUUUGUGGCAAUUCCAACUUAGACCACAUUGUCAGUUGCUAUGGAGAGUGGCGCUUUCCAUCAUUUUCAGCAGACUGCAUUGCAAAAUGAUUAACCCGCCGCCUUUCUCCAACAUGAGAACGGGGCUACGUGAAUCCCUUCUCUACUGUGUUGUACUUACAGUAUUUCACAUCUUAGCAUUUAUAUAUAUAUAUAUAACGGAACGACAUCAUCUGGUACAACCCCCCAUACAGCAAAAACGUCUCAACGAACAUUGGACACAAAUUCCUCAAUCUGAUUGACAAACACUUUCCCAAAGACAACAUCCUAAGAAAAGUAUUCAACAAGAACAACAUUAAAUUGAGCUACAGCUGCAUGAACAAUAUACGACAAAUCAUCUCAAACCACAACAAAACAAUUGCAAAUGAGCCGUCGGCCCUCAGACAGAGCGACUCCAAAACCAACAAAGGAUGUAAUUGUCGAAAGAAACCUGAUUGCCCCCUCAACUGGGGGUGCUUACAAACAUCAGUUGUCUACCAAUCUAAGGUAAUACGCAAGGACAUUAACACAUCCGACACAUAUGUAGGAUUAACCGAGGGAGAAUU